UCAGUGUUUUAGUUGUUUCUUAAUAUUCAUCAGUUUUCCAUAAAAAUCCGUAAAAUCUACGGAAAUCCUAGAAAUUAUAAAUAAAAUAUACCCCGCAAAUAACUUCUACGUAAAAUUACUUAGUUAAUUUAUAUAUAUUAAAGCAUAAUCAAUAGUGCGUGAAAAAUGGCCAAGUCCAAAAAUCAUACGAAUCACAAUCAAAACAGAAAAGCUCACCGCAAUGGAAUCAAGAAACCCAAACGUUAUAGGCAUGAAUCCACCCUUGGUAUGGAUUUGAAAUUUUUGCGAAAUCAACGAUUCGCAAAGAAACACAAUCUAAAGCCAAAAGCACAAUUAAAAAGGGCAACAGAACGUAAAGCCUUACGUGAAUCUAAGAAAUGAAUUUCUUUAUAAUUAUUGUAAUUUAAUUUAAUAAAAAAGAUGAAAAUCUAA